AUGCCUGCACCUCACAUCAUUCCUCGUUUGCUGCGGCGUCAGCUCAUCACGACUCCAACCAAGGCCGAUCCGUCUCAAUUUAUCCUUCCCCUUCGGAAACUAGUAUUCGAGUAUAACGAACAGCGAGCGAAUCAGGCCGGCCUCCGAACUUACCUUACGAGUGCAUACUUAUUCCAAAUUGCGAGUGAAAACCCAAGUGUCGAAGUCGUUGUACGCAGAGCCGGCGGAGCUGGAAUCGCCAAAGGAUUUUAUUGUCAGAAGCUGACUAUGCGCCUUGCCCCAAUUGCUUCUCAACUUUUCAUCGCAAUGGUCGAUAUGCACGUUCAAAAAUUAUCAGUUCAACUUCUAUUGAACUCUUCUGGUGAGAAACUGAAACAUCUUGGAAGGGUAACAGUGAAGUCCGAGACCAACGAAGAGCCCGUACGCGGUGUAUGGAGCGCAUUCCAUUGA